GGCGGAUAUUUGACUGAAUUCGGAAUGUGGGGUCCAAGUAGCAAGUUCUUGUUUUAAAUAUGAAGCGAAUGUUUUAGAAUGGGUUUAAAGCUGAGGAAUUAAUUUAUUAAAUGAUCAUUCUGGCCGGAUUUAUAAAGAUAGAAAUCUCUUUAAAAUGUGGAAAAUCCUGUAGUGCUAAGUUAUCAGUGUAAAAAGUCGUUUGGUUCAUGUUAUUUGAUCACGAUGAUACUGCCUCGUGCACAUGUUAAUGUGUGCCAAUACCAUAGUGCCAGUUUGACCUUCGCGAUGACCUUCAUGGCAUGGUUUAGAUUCGUCUUGUUGUCAUGAUUUACCUUUGCAAGCAUUGCUUAUAUUGUUGCCCUAAGACUUUUAUACCCAGGAAUAUCUUUUUAAGCAGACGCUCUAGUCGACUAAAUUGAACACUGUCUGUCUGUACAUGACUUUUUGAAUGGGUAACUGAGAGCGCGCUGCUGGUAUAUUUGUGCAAAAACUAACAAUCGUAAAUCGUUACAGUGGGAUUUUAUUUGAUACCGGAGUUGGCGUAGAAGUAUUAGUUACUGGCUUAUGCACAUGUACCAAAUAUGGUUAACUCCCAUAUUAGUCAUCGAAUUCUUACAAUUCGAAUUGUAGGGAUCCCUACAAGUUUUCCAAGCACAAAGCCUGAGAUUACAUUUUAAAAACUGGGGAAUGGUUUUCGGCUCAUGCUUAGGAUCUGCGGCAGUAAGAACUCUUCGACCUGUUGGAUUUCAUGUGUAUUUUCAAAGGUACCUGCUUGCCUCAUCCAAAUCAGCAGCAGUAUCCGUCCCAGUCAGUCAGACAACAACUCAGGCCGCAUCAGUUGUUGGUCGAUGGCUCUUGGGUCUUUCUGGCAUGACUUUUGGUGCUAUUUUGCUUGGUGGAGUUACAAGAUUGACCGAGUCUGGACUCUCAAUGGUUGACUGGCAUCCGUUUAAGGAGGUACCUCCUUUCAGUGAAGAACAUUGGCGACUAGAAUUCGAAAAAUACAAGAAGUUUCCAGAACAUGAACAUUAUGUAAAGGAGCGUGGUGAAAUGUCGAUCACUCAAUUCAAAUUUAUAUGGUAUAUGGAAUUUAUUCACCGAAUGUGGGGUCGGACGAUCGGUGCUGCUUUUGUUUUUCCAGCAAUCUAUUUUUUCUAUAGAGGUUAUUUCUCUUCCGUCAUGAAAUCUCGUGUUUUUAUUUAUGGGGGACUAAUUGGAUUUCAGGGUGUUUUGGGCUGGCUUAUGGUACGCAGCGGUCUUAAAGAACCUAGACGACCGGCAGGUCUUCCACCAAAUGAGAAUUAUAUUGGUGUUCCGCGUGUGGAUCAUUAUUGGCUUUGUGCUCACUUGAUUUCAGCGAUUAUUCUAUAUUCAUUACUUCUAUGGGGUAGCUUUAACCAUUUAGCUUCCCAUUCUUUAGUUAAACCAUUCAGCGGCGUCAAACGACUUAAAGCAUAUGGUCAUAUGGGUAAAGCUCUAACGUUUACAACCAUAAUUUAUGGUGCUUUUGUGGCUGGUCUUGAUGCAGGAUUAAUCUAUAAUUCAUGGCCAAAAAUGGCUGAUAAGUGGAUUCCUGAUGAUUUAAUUGUAUCUCGAUAUGGUUCUACUGUGAGGAACUUUUUGGACAAUCCAACUACAGUUCAAUUUACUCAUCGAAUGCUAGCUUAUACAACAGUUUUAACCACAGGUUUAUUAUGGGCAAAUGUCAUGCGUUUAGGUGUAGCAUGUACAGGACCACGUAUUAGGAAUGCUGCACACUUGGUUUUUGGUGCUGUGUUAGGACAAUCAUUACUUGGCAUAACAACUUUAUUAUGUUAUGUACCAGCUUCAUUGGGAUCAUUGCAUCAAUGCGGUGGUGUUGUUUUACUUUCAUCCUUACUCUGGUUUACGCAUUGUUUACGUGCUGUUCCAAAAUAAAAAGUUGCUAACACUUUUUUUAUAUAAAAUAAUUGCAACUUUUUUUCACCAUCUCGUUCAUUUUCUGGAUGUUCCAUUAUAAUCAUUGUUAAUAUAAUCUUGAUAAAUAUAAUGCACAAAGUAUUCAAAUUGCUUCAGAAUAUGUUAACUAAAAAAACUAAUUAUAUUCACUUCCAAGCAUCUUUUUAGAGGAACUAAGGGAUUAAUCUUAUGAUUAAAAUGCAGGAUUUUGACAUCUGUAAAAUACUACCUUUUUAAUGGG